AUGAGUAGCGAUAAUGUUCCAGUUGACCAGAUGCGCAAUCUUGGCCUUGGUAGCAACACUCCCGAGCGCGUCAUUUGUGGUCCUCUCUUACGUUACAUUGGCAUUGACUAUGCACGAGGCCUUUAUCGCGCGUCUUGCUUAAUUGUCGCCACCGAUCGGCAACCACCCCCACUCGUCAUCCGCAUGUCACUUCAACAACAACCGAUCCAUGCACAAGGAGAACUUUUGGAUGUAUUCCGAGACACGUAUCAUUUCUGGCGUUAUGAGCUACACUUGCCACUGGCCAAGGAGCGAGGUCAAGAGGUCACUUAUAGCUGGGGUGGUGAUCCAAACGGUGUGGGUCCCUUCACUUUCCAUGUCCCAGCGUUACUUGAAUCGAUGCGUUUUAUGUUUUAUUCAUGCAGCGGAUUCUCUGAUAUUCCUCAAGAAGAAAAGGACAAAUUUGGAGAAAUGCCACUAUGGGAGGAUGUCUUGGAUCGACACGCUGUGGCACCGUUUCAUGUGUUACUCGGAGGCGGAGAUCAGCUCUAUCAAGACCGAUUGAUGAAAGAGGAUUUCAUGAAACCAUGGCGUGAGGAGUCCAACCCAAAGAAACGGCUUGCUAUGCAAUUACCACAGGCUAUGAAGGAAGGAUUUGAACACUUUUUCUUUUGGAAUUACAUUCAAAACUUCGCAUUCCAACACCGAGAAGCAGUGGCGAAAGCGUAUGCAACAAUUCCUUCGAUCAACAUGUGGGAUGACCAUGACAUCAUUGAUGGUUAUGGAUCUUACCCAGCCGAUAUGCAGAAUUGUGAUUGUUUUCGAGUAUUGUUUGCCAAUGCUUGUCGCUUUUACUACCUCUUCCAGCAGCACACUACUGUUGAACUCGCGUCCAGACAUGGCAUGGUACCGGGUACGGUGCCUACAUGCAAUCACAUUGUCACCACGCUUGGUCCGGAUAUUGGUAUGGUCGCUUUGGAUUGCCGUGGCGAACGUACAAAGUAUGAUGUAUGCCGUCCAAAGUCGUACCAGAUUGUGUUUGACGAAUUAUAUCGCGUGAUGCCACCAACAAUCAAGCACUUGCUGAUCAUGACAGGCGUACCACUCAUCUAUCCACGAUUGACGCUAUUCGAGAACGCCAUGGAAGGAGCUUCGACUUUUAAUCUUGCUACAUUGGUGGGAAAGACGGGUGCUAUCGGCACUGUGGUUAGUGGUCAACUCAACAAGUGGAAUGGAGAUCCUGAAUUGCUGGAUGAUAUGAAUGAUCAUUGGACAGCUGGCAAUCAUUUAACGGAACGUAAGCGUUUGAUCGAGAAGCUACAGAUUCUUGCACGUGAACGAUCCAUUCGUGUAUCAUUCUUGGGAGGCGAUGUGCAUUGUUGUGCUACGGGUCGUUUAUAUUCGAAGGAUAUGAAGAACAAAGAAGAAGGCGAUCCAUUCCUCAUGAUCCAAAUUGUUUCGAGUGCUAUUGUCAACGUACCCCCACCACAAGCUUUGCUCACCAUCCUCAACCAAAAUUCAUCCUAUGUCACUUUUAACGGCAAUGUCGAGGAGAAGAUGUACAAUCUAUUCAAGUUCUCUCCCAACGGCAACUCGCGUCAGAACAAAAAGUUGAUGGGCAAACGGAACUACUGUGCUGGGUAUUACGAUGAUAAGACUGGCAAGAUGAAUUUCUGGAUCCAAGCUGAGAAGGAAGUAGGCCAAAAAGGCACGAGUGGUUACUUGGUGGACGUACCGAAAUUGGUAUUUGGUGAAGCAGGCCUUCGGAUUGCCAACACGAACAAAGAGCAACUGCUACAAGCUGCGAUCCAGCAAAAGCAGCAGCAACAACAACAACAACAACAGCAACAACAAACGUAUCCUUUCCCCCAGCAACAACAACCCUAUCAGCAAGCACCACCACCCCCUGACCAUGUGGGAGGCUUUGUACGUCCAACGUAUUAG